UUUUGAGAGUCAGUUUUCACUGCCUCUUACCAUUCCACACAACAUAGCCAUGGCUGCCUUGAGAAAAUUAUUAUUACCCACUAACACAAGUGUUUUAACAUCAAACUCUGCUAUUUUCCUUUCUCGCAGAGGCAUAGCUUCUAAGCUCUUUGUUGGAGGACUCUCAUUUUACACCACAGAGAAAGGACUAUCCGAGGCAUUUUCUCAACAUGGUCAAGUUAUUGAAGCUAAAAUUGUGACCGAUAGAGUCUCAGACAGAUCCAAGGGUUUUGGAUUUGUCACCUAUGCAUCCGAAGACGAAGCAGAGAAGGCCUUGCAACAAAUGAAUGGCAAGCCUCUUAAUGGACGAGUUAUCUUUGUGGACUAUGCGAAGCCUGUAACUAAUAGCGGCGGCAUGCCAAUAGCUAGAGGUCCCCCUGAACCACCAACACAACAAUGAGUAAUCAAACAGACCACUCAGAUUCUGUGCUGCCGGAGUUGCAAGCCUUGGUCUCGCAAAAUGAUUAAUCUGGAGACCGUUCGUUUCUCUUGUAUCGAGCAACGAUGAAUUAUAAGAAUAUAUUGUAAGUCACCAUCAGCAGUCAGAAGCAAUUGGCUGUGCUUGAAAGGAUGAGUGGGAACUAUGUUGCUGCAAUUAUAAUGACUGCAAAGAUUGGCUCAAUAUGAAAAUCAUCAUUAUCUAUGUCAAAUGGUAUAUCUACUAUUACAAGGAAAUCCAGGCAGACCUCCCUAUAACAUCAUUUCAAUAUAACCACAAAGUUUUCCCUGGAAUCGAUUUUUCAUGUUAUGUUAUAUUAUACAUUUACGUAUAAUUGCAUUUUUAUUUACUGUAGCAGCCAAAUAAUAUCUGGACAGAUAACGCCGUUAUAUAAGUGGUUUGACUGUAUAUGAAAAUUUUCCAGUAGUUAAUUUGGAAAAUCCACUUCUAGUUAAUUUGUCAGUAA